AUGAACAACAGCCUUACUGGAGAGCAAGGUUUCGAUUAUGGAAGCACCAUUGAGCGAGUGAAGCGGUUUGCAGUGGCCCUUGCCGAAACGGAGUUACAAUCAUCCAAAUCGUUGGAAAAUGUGGCUGCGGAAAUUCAAAAUAUACAAAACAACAAUACUCUGCUGCAUAAUCAAAUUACAACAUUGUGUUCAGCUCAGAUUGAGGAAGCUCAACGUGCCUUAUUAUUGAUCAAUUCAUCUCAAAGUAUUCUUAAAGGUGUAAAAUCAGAAUUUGCAGGUCUUAAAGAGAAGGCCAGAAAGGGACAAGAAAUUAUCAAGUGCUAUUCAACGAUUCGGAAAGCAUUUUCAAUUUUGAACAUGAUCGGAAAGACAAGAGAGUGGAUUGCUAGGCUUCUCCAUCUCAGAAAAGAAGUAUUCCAGAUGAAACAAAUAUUGAGGAGCGAGUUGGAGAAACUUAUGAAUCAAGAAGAAGAAGUUGAGACUGAUGAAGAUGAUGAAUUUGAUGAGGAAGUCGAUCUAAGCCAAUUUGGUUUUGAGGAAACUGACUUUAAUGACGAAGAUCCACACAAUGUAUUGAUUGCAAUUUAUGAAAGAUUAUGCGGAUUGGAAGACUUUAGGUUAAAAGCACUCGAUGAAACGUCCAACAAUCCUCAAAGCAUGCAAGUAUUUUCAAAAUAUUUGUCCAUAAUUGACUCUGUGAUGCAUUUGUUUAAUAAGGUCAUGGAGAAGCACUUUGAGAAUGCGGUAGGAUUGUCACAUGAAGAACCAGAAAAACUAAUUCAGGUCAUUAGAAUUAUGGAAAGAGAUGAAAAGAGAAAAAAGAUAGUUGAAGCGGAUUCUUUAACAUCCCACGACACCGUUGAACCAACUUUAAGAUAUUCAUACAAAAACUAUCGACAAAUGUGUUUUGACUCUAUCGAAAGAUAUGUCCAAAACUCUUUGAGGUAUGAAGUCGGAAAUGACGAAAACAUUGAGGACGUCAUGGACAAGAUGAAAAAUCUUGUCGAGUCUGAAUUGGAAACAAUUGAGAAACAUCUAGUUGUAUGCUUUCCUUCUAAAUACAACAUUUUUGAAAAAUGUGUGGAAUUUUUCGACAAUGAGGUUCGACACAUUUUAGGUCACUACAUCACCGAUGACACAGAUAAUAUUACAAGAUCACAAAUACUUAAAUGGCUCAUUGAAUACCCAGAAAUUUAUGAUCCGUACCUUGACUCUCUCGAAAAUGUGGAAAUAGACUAUUCUGGUAUGAUCACAGACCUUAAAACCACAAUUAAUAUUACUUUCUUUAAAUCUAUUAUGGAAUGGAGAGAAAAGCUUGUUCAAAACCUUUUUAAUACGAUUUGUAAAGAUAACUCCGAUGAAAAAGGUUUUUUAGUACAGGGUGACAUUUUAUAUACAUACGGACCCAUAGAUUUUUUUACUACCCUGGAUCAAGCAUUACAAUCAAUCUCUCAAUGUGGACAAAAAGAUCUCAUGGAACAAAUAUCAUUUGCUAUAAGACAAACAUUGACCGAUUACACUGCAAACUUGAAGGACGGCGUUAACAAGCAUAUUGAUAAAAUCACAAUUAAGAGAUUAAUAGCCCUCACCAAUGACUGCACCAAAUGCAUUUUGUUUACUCAAGAUCUGCAGGACCAAAUCGCUGAGAUGUUGCCUGACUUGGAGAUGGAUAAAAUCACGAUGGAAGAAGUGCUGAGUGGCUUUUCCAGCCUUUCCAAAGAACUUGUAAAUACCUUGUGCCAAAGAUUCAUAUCCAAAAUUGACCCCUAUCUUGAGAAAAUAUUUACCAAGGAAUGGUACACCGAAAAGGGAGAACGAACAUGUGUAACAGAAGCUUUAGAAUUGUUGCAAAAUGACAUUCAAUUACCAAUCGAUUUUAUGGAAUGGGAAAAAGUGGUCGCCAUAGUCACCAAAGUAUUUACUCAUUUUGUAACCAGGUACAUUGACGCGUUUAUGACAAAGAAGUUUGUCUUAACCAAAGAAGAACGAGAGGUUGUGAAGUCUGAAAUUGCAGCCAGCAUUGCAUUUUUACCUCCUGAAGACGAUAAUGGUUGGGUUUCCACCAUUGUAAAACCUCUGAGACUGAUUGAGGAUGUCUUUGAUACCAUUGAUGACGAGGAUUUACUUCAAUGCAUGUCUGAAGCAACCAGUACUUAUCCAGAUCUGGGAGAGAUUGUGUUUGAAACGUUUGUGAAGAAAGCCGGUUUUUCAAAGGACAGCACCGAGCUUUACCUAUCCACCAUCUCACAAUUUUUCAAAGCAAAGAGUAAGCUUACUCAAAGAAAACAUGACAAGAAGUCCUUGUUUGGAGUGUAUAACCCCAAGGUUGAGGAAGACAAAUCCACAACAAAAUCAGAUUCUGUCAAAGAAAGGAAAACGGAGAAGAGAGAAAAGAUCAAAAAGAAAAAAUCUCUUCGAAGAAUAUUUUCUUCACAAACAGAACAACCCAAGUCAUUUUCUGCAGGUUUAAUCGACUCAUCAAUUCCAGAUGAUGAUGAGGACGAGCCAUUGCCCUCAAAACCUACGACAGGUAAUAGCAGUCCAGUGUCGGUUAUUCCUCCUGCAAGCGCAUCAGAAAAGAAGAAAACAGAUUCUGGUGGUGUCACCGAGAUGAACUUGCUGGACUAUUUGGAUGAUUGA